UCUGCUGAUGGAGACGUAGAAGGGGCGUUCCGUGACGUCGGACCUGUGUAGUAGGCGCCGCAACUGCCCCUGCUUGUUGCUAUUCACAACGGAAAUGCGCUGCUGGCGAAGCCGCUUGUCACUGUCUUCCCUAUGACCAGCGCUGGGGUCGUGCCAAGCCGUGCCGGGAAGCAGGCACACAAUCCCAGGGGAGAGAUGCCAGGGGCCUGGCCAUGUGAAGCUGAUUUUGUGCCACCCAGCAGCAUGGAAGGGAUCCUGUACAAGUGGACUAAUUAUCUGAGCGGAUGGCAGCCAAGAUGGUUUCUUCUUUGUGGAGGAAUUCUUUCUUAUUAUGACUCGAGGGAAGACGCAUGGAAGGGGUGUAAGGGAAGCAUCCAGAUGGCUGUCUGUGAAAUUCAAGUGCAUUCCACGGAUAAUACUCGGAUGGAUCUAGCGAUUCCAGGGGAGCAGUACUUCUAUCUGAAAGCCAGGACGGCAGCAGAACGACAACAGUGGCUUGUCGCAUUGGGUUCUGCAAAAGCCUGUAUCACAGACAUCAGAACAAAGAAGGAGAAAGACUUUAGUGACAGCACAGAAGCUCUUAAAAAAAAGAUGUCCGAACUAAGGCUGUAUUGCGAUAUCUUGGUCCAGCAAGUGAAUAAGACGAAAGACAGCUCUGUUCUAGGCACAUCUGAAUCUCUGGAGGACCUUAAUAUGGGAGCUCUUUUGAAGUCAACAUGCAAUACCUUCCUGAAAACCCUGGAGGAGUGCAUGAAGAUUGCAAAUAACACCUUCACGUCUCGCCUCAUGUACACCAGUCCCCCCGAAUCUCCUCAUCUCUCUGCCCUUAGACCGAACAAGGUACGUCGAUCUACCUUGUCCAGUCAGAUUUCAGUACAAAGGAAAAUGGAGCGGAAUAAUAACAUUGAAAAUGGCUCUUUUAGCGAGGAGACCAACCACUCUGACCAUUCCGUAACUGAAAACAUUCGUGUCCUUGGUAUGGAAAUUUCUGAGACUGUUCCUGCGUCUUCAACAGAGAAAGAAAAAUCUAAAGAUUUACGAGAAACUGAAGGUGAUCUAGAGAUUAUUCCACCAACUACAGAGAAGCAAGGUGACUGUCACCUACCGGACGACGUGAAAGACACGCAUGCAGAUUUACAUACAACGUCUGGCACGUUGCAGCAAGAUGAAGGAGGAGGGAAUGAGGAUGAAGGAGGAGGCAGAGAGCUGCCCCAAACAUUCUUCAGCACAAUGAGUCACAGAUUCAGUGACCUUGUGUAUGAAGAUAAGGACGGUUUACCCACGGAAUAUUUCUUGGACUCCUGCUAUGCAAUAGUCCCAGUUUUGGACAAGCUUGGACCAACUGUAUUUGCACCUGUAAAAAUGGAUUUUGUUGGGAAUAUUAAGAAAAUAAAUCAGAAAUACAUAACCAAUAAAGAAGAAUUGACGACCCUUCAGAAGAUCGUUCUCCAUGAAGUGAACAAUAACCUGUCCCAAGUGCGCAAUUCAGCAACUGAUGCCCUUCUGUGGCUGAAAAGAGGACUGAAGUUCCUAUUUCAAUUUCUCACUGAAGUAAAAAGUGGUGAAAAUAACAUUCAGACAGCAUUAAGUACUGCCUAUGGCAAAACAUUACGUCAGUAUCACGGCUGGGUGGUUAGAGGGGUGUUUGCGCUGGCCUUAAGGGCAGCCCCAACGUAUGAUGGAUUCGUGGCCGCGCUGACUGUGAAGGAAGGAGAUGAGAAAGAUGAAUAUUUCUUUGACGCUAUAAUGAGGGACCUCAACAUUUACCUGCCGGCUAUGGAGAAACAGCUGAAUAUUUUGGACACUUUGUAUGAAGAGCAUGGUCUAGAAUCGGACGAAGUUGUAUGAGCAGUCACAUCUGAGUGCAGUUCAGGGAUUUUGAUGUAACGUUUUACCCCACUAGGUGGGGAGGGUGAAUGGACGGUCUCCUGGAUAGAAGUCGCCUCCAGCAUUCAUUCCUAUGUCAUUCUAAGAAUCGGCUCAUCUUGGAGGUGCCUGAAACGCAGCCACGAUGGACCAUAGUGCGUUAGGAUCUCUUCAUUGUAAUCAUGAAGGGUUUUUAUUUAUGGAUUUAAAUAUAUUUGAAAAGUUGCAGCUUUUUAUAAUGCCAUUUUUAAGUACAUGACGGAUCACAAAAUGACUUGUCCCUGUUGACCCUUUGGCAACAGAAUGCAAGUUUUAGCUCAUCUGAAGAGACGCCUCCUGCUGUGCUCCUCUGCCACCUACCUCUGGUGGAUACUCGCCUCCACAUCAUGGUCUUCUGUGUAAUCACAACUCUCAGGACGCUGUGUCUCCAGCUUUGUGGGCUAUAGCAUGUGCUAUAGGUUUUUGCUUUAUUUAAUACAUGGGAAAAUAUAAUUUUAAAUUGCUA